GCUUGUUUGGAUCUAAUCGUAAAGUAUGCUCAAGUGCAUUAACCGAACGGCCCACUUUACGAAGUGUCUUCAGUCAACAGGAAGCUGCGCUUUUAUUAUUCCAAAGUUUAAGCUGGUGUCAUCGUCUCCUCCCAGAAUGACCGAUCCGGCUGUGAGGAGGGUGGUCAGUGAUAUAAUUCGCUCUCCAGAAGACAAGCGGGUUUAUAGAGGCCUGGAGUUCACCAACGGCCUGAAGGCCAUGCUCAUCAGCGACCCGACUACAGACAAGUCCUCUGCUGCCUUGGAUGUCCACAUAGGUUCGCUGUCGGACCCAGAGAACAUCUCAGGCCUGGCGCACUUUUGUGAGCACAUGUUGUUCCUGGGAACAGAAAAGUACCCCAAGGAGAACGAGUACAGCCAGUUCCUCAGCGAGCACGCAGGAAGCUCCAACGCCUUCACAAGCGGCGAGCACACCAACUACUACUUCGACGUAUCCCAUGAGCACUUGCAAGGAGCUCUUGAUAGGUUCGCCCAGUUCUUCCUGUGCCCUCUGUUCGACGAGAGCUGUAAGGACCGCGAGGUCAACGCCGUGGACUCGGAGCAUGAAAAGAACCUGAUGAACGACGCCUGGAGGCUUUUUCAGCUCGAGAAGGCCACGGGCAACCCAAACCACCCCUUCAGUAAAUUUGGAACAGGAAACAAACUGACGCUUGAGACCAGACCAUCUAAAGAGGGGGUCGACGUCCGUCAGGAGCUCCUAACGUUUCACUCCACGUAUUAUUCUGCUAACCUCAUGGGGCUGUGUGUGUUGGGCAGAGAGUCUCUAGAUGAGUUGACGUCCAUGGUGGUAAAACUGUUUGGAGAAGUGGAAAACAAGAACGUUCCUGUCCCAGAAUUCCCUGAACACCCCUUCCAGGAGGAACACCUCAGAAAAUUCUACAAAGUGGUCCCCAUCAAAGACAUAAGAAACCUUUAUGUAACGUUUCCCAUCCCAGACCUGCAGAAGUACCAUAAAUCAAACCCGGGACAUUAUCUGGGACAUCUGAUCGGUCACGAAGGACCUGGCAGUUUGCUGUCCGAGCUGAAGUCUAAAGGCUGGGUGAACACGCUCGUGGGAGGGCAGAAAGAAGGAGCCAAAGGCUUCAUGUUUUUUAUCAUCAACGUGGACCUGACUGAGGAGGGCUUGUUGCACGUUGAGGACAUCAUCUUUCACAUGUUCCAGUACAUCCAGAAACUUCGCACCGAGGGGCCUCAGGAGUGGGUCUUUGAAGAAUGCAAGGAUUUGAGCAAAGUAGCCUUCAGGUUUAAGGACAAGGAGCGACCCCGUGGCUACACCUCUAAAGUGGCAGGUUUGCUGCAUUACUACCUUCUGGAGGAAGUUCUCGCAGCCGAGUAUCUUCUGGAGGACUUCAGGCCGGAUCUGAUCGAGAUGGUGCUCGACAAGCUCCGACCAGAAAACGUCAGAGUUGCAGUGGUGUCCAAGUCAUUUGAGGGUCAAACCGACAGAACUGAGGAGUGGUACGGCACACAGUACAAGCAAGAAGCCAUUUCAGAGGAAACCAUGAAGACGUGGGGCAACGCAGACCUCAACGGCAAGUUCAAGUUACCGAUGAAAAAUGAAUUCAUCCCCACCAACUUUGAGAUCUACCCUCUGGACAAAGAGUCUCCUUCAGUUCCCACGCUGAUCAAGGAUACUGCCAUGAGUAAAGUUUGGUUUAAGCAGGACGACAAGUUCUUCCUUCCCAAGGCGUGUCUAAACUUUGAGUUCUUCAGCCCGUUUGCGUAUGUGGACCCGUUGCAUUGUAACAUGGCAUAUUUGUACCUGGAGCUCCUCAAGGACUCCCUCAACGAGUAUGCAUAUGCAGCCGAGCUAGCUGGCUUGAACUAUGACCUCCAAAAUACCGUCUAUGGGAUGUAUCUGUCGGUCAAAGGCUACAACGACAAACAGCACAUCCUGCUGAAGAAGAUCGUUGAGAAGAUGGCCACCUUCGAGAUCGACGAGAAGCGCUUUGACAUCAUUAAAGAAGCUUACAUGAGGUCUUUGAACAACUUCCGAGCCGAGCAGCCUCACCAGCACGCCAUGUACUACCUUCGUCUGCUGAUGACCGAGGUGGCCUGGACCAAAGACGAGCUCCGAGAGGCCCUGGAUGAUGUAACUCUCCCACGGCUCAGGGCCUUCAUACCUCAGCUGUUGUCUCGGCUACACAUUGAAGCCCUCCUCCAUGGCAACAUCACCAAGGAGUCUGCUCUGGCCAUGAUGCAGAUGGUGGAGGACACGCUCAUUGAGCACGCUCACACUAAGCCCCUCCUCCCGAGCCAGCUGAUUCGCUACAGAGAGCUGCAGGUUCCAGACGGCGGCUGGUUUGUUUACCAGCAGAGAAACGAGGUUCACAACAACUGCGGCAUCGAGAUCUACUACCAGACGGACAUGCAGACGACCCACGAGAACAUGCUGCUGGAGCUCUUCUGUCAGAUCGUGUCUGAACCCUGCUUCAACACGCUCAGAACCAAAGAGCAGCUCGGUUACAUUGUGUUCAGCGGGCCUCGGCGGGCCAACGGGGUGCAGGGCCUGCGGUUCAUCAUCCAGUCGGAGAAGGCGCCUCACUACCUGGAGAGCCGCGUGGAGGCCUUCCUCUGCACCAUGGAGAAGACUCUGGAGGAGAUGAACGAGGAGGCCUUCCAGAAGCACAUCCAGGCCCUGGCCAUCCGCCGCCUGGACAAGCCCAAGAAGCUCUCCGCUGAGUGUGCCAAGUACUGGGGGGAGAUCAUCUCCCAGCAGUAUAACUUUGACCGAGACAACAUCGAAGUGUCUCACCUGAAGACGUUGAUGAAGGACAACAUAAUGCACUUUUACAGAGAGCGUCUGACAGUGGGGGCCCUGAAGAGACACAAGGUGUCCGUGCACGUCCUGUCCAGGGAGAUGGACUCCUGUCCCAUCGUGGGGGAGUUUCCUGCUCAGAACGACGUCAACCUGGCUCCCGCUCCAUCCCUGCCCCUGCCCACGUUGAUUCAGGACAUGACGGAGUUCAAGAGGAGCCUCCCUCUGUUCCCGCUGGUGAAGCCUCACAUCAACUUCAUGUCUGCCAAACUGUGAGGGGGCGGGGCCAAGAGGUCCACACACGCCGCCGUGAGAUGGGAGGGGGCGAGCAGCCCCAAACACAGACGCCCCCACACACACCUGUUUCCCACUAAAACCCCCCAGACCUUCUCGUCCCAUCAGGAAGACGUUCACCUGACUGAGCCGGCAUGACUGCGUGCGUUUGCGUGUGUGCGUGCGUGUGCACGUGGUAGCUGUGGUUGUUUAAUUGUGAUAGAGGUCUCACCAGACUCACGUCGUGUUUGACGUUUCCCCGCCUGCUUCACAGCUGUAGAGGAAGUAGAAACAACCGGAAAACAACCGGAGCUUCAGAGCUUGGAUCGUUGCGUUCGUCCUCAGAGGAGCUGCGUAAAGUUUUUAUUGUUUUUGUUUGUUUGGCUGUGAUCACAGAACAACUAUUUAUUUCAAACGGAUGCAUUUCGUUCGGAGCUGCGCUCGUUCUGCCUGGAAACCCAGUACAAUGUUGCCGCUGCGCCACCGU